GAUGGACAGGCACGUGGCCCUUCACGGCAAACACGGUUUCCAGUCGGAAGCGUUGCAGACGCAAGCUCGGCUGAUGCGGCGGCACGAGGACGACGGCGGCCCGUCUUGGACAUGCACGGAAUGCAACGUUUGUGUGAACACUUUGUCCAGUGCUUUGGGUCACCGGUGUGCGCGGCCAAGGUCGCGUGGCGCGCCGACGUCGAGCUCCGUGCAUAACCCUUCCCGCCAACCACCUGCCAAAAGGAUGAAGGCUUCCCCUGCUGUGACUUCAGCGCUGCCGCCGCCGCCGCCCGACCUGGGGCACGAGCGUCUGAGCCUUGCGUUUGCCCAGGCGCAUGCUGCCUCGCGGCCCUUGGCCGCGAUGACGACGGCUUCCUUGACCACAGCUGCCCGGGUGCCAUCGGCGCCCACCGACGUCCCGUGGCAGUUGGGCGACUUCCUUCCCUGGCCAGGCCUGCAUGCUGGGCCGGGCCGCAAAGAAAUCUUCGCGUGCAUCUGGCGGCUCCCCGACACUGGACCAGCCCGCGUGAUCCAGUUCACGCCUUACCCUGCAAGCGGCGGGACUUGCGCGCGCCACCCGGACGGAGGAGGCUGCUGGCGCGCGCGGUUGCCGCUCGUCUCCACUGAAUUGCAGUUGCCGUCUUCGCGGAGCGUCUCUGAUUCCCUGACGCCGCGCGAAACCACCUCGAAGGGGCUGUUGCUGCUGAGCGACCGCUGUUUCCGGAGAUCGCGGGCCCGCGCCGCGCCAAGGGGCGAUGGCAUUGGUCUCGGGCAGAUGCUGUCCUCGUUUGUGGACGCAGCCGCGUCGGCCAUGAGCGAGCGUUCUGACGCGGCUUCGCGCGCUGGCGACCUGUGGAGCCCAGCUGCGUGGCAGAUUUAUUUGGAUGCCACCACAUCGGUGUUAGAAGCUCGGGAGAUCCCGCGAGAGUGCCCAGCCCGCGCGGGAGGCGGCGCGUGCGACGUCAGCACUUGGGGCUCCCAGCUCGGCCUCAGGGUCGCCUCAUCCGUCGGCUGCCGCAGGGCCCUCUGCACCCGGUACAGCUGCAAGGUGCACGAGUGCACGUGGCAGUUGCCCCACGGCCCCAACACGGUCGGCGCGACGCUCGUGGGCGACCUUGUUGGCGACUUCCUCGUGUGCGGCGACUUCUGGCCAGACGCGUUGCGAGUGUUCCAAGAGACCGAGAAUUUCGUGGCGCUGGAGAGGCACCUUCGGGACCUGACGAGCCGCCACGUGGAGCGAGUUGUCAGGAGUCACAACUUGCGCCAUGUAUUGAGCGAGCCGGAGGCCAUGAUCUUACACAGAGCACUGCUCGCGCACGUCAGCAAGACCCCCGAUCGACGGACCCUCAAGGAUUGGAUUCGCAAGUGGGUGUCCGCCCGCGUGUCCCCGCUCGUGCCCCACAUCGCCAUGGCGGUGUGCGCGGGGCACGCCGCCGUCGUCAACAUGGACUUCUCCGCCAGCGACUGCAGGCAGCUUCGGGCGGUGGGCCUCCGCAAGAAAGAGAAACGCACGUUCGCUGGCGUCACCGGUCUCGGGGAUGUCCCGCUGCUGCCGUGCUUGUACGUCGCAAAAGAACAGCGGGACACAGUGGAGUCGACCAUGUUCAUUGUUUUCCGUUUGCUGAAGCUUCGAGGGCUGCGCCCCAUUGGCCUCAACGUCGACAACUUGGCCGCGUGGUUCGACAUCAUCACGACGUCCUUGGACCACAGCUUCCCAGGCUUAGUGAAGCAGGCCACCUCGGAGAGCGAGGCCGCGUUCGUUGAUCACCUGCGGGGGGGGGGCGUGGUGGUCCUCCGUGCCGCCAAGCGCGUCCUCGGGUUCGAGCUCGGGCAGGACGCCUUGCACGUAUACAUGCGGAUGCUCGAGUCGCUCAAUUUCCGAUCGCAGGAGGUAGCGUGGGCAAUCCGCUGCCUGCGCAAGUGGCUAGGCUCCGUGAACCCCGCAACUCGGGGGGGCUCCGAGGGCCCGGACGACGGGGGCGCAGCCGCCGACAAGGCGAUGGAUGACGUCGAGUUUGCUGGCGCCAAUGGCGUGCGGAGCGACGCGCCCCGCCCCGCGAGUCUCGAGGCCGCCUUGUCUGCGUACUUCAACUUCGAGGCGUGCGCGCCCGGGACGUACGAGAUGCUGGAAGCGGCCUCGUCGUUCGAGUGGGGCCACCCGAGACACGGGCGCCCCCUGCCGCCUGCCGCCAAGGCAGUCAUCCUCGAAGAUGUCGCUCGGGCCACGACGCUGAAGGGCACGCCGAGAGCGAACAUCGCCUGCGCCGUGUACCGCGUGGUCUACGCAUGCCAGGGCCACCCGAGCAUAGACACCAUCGCCGAGGACCUUCGCGGUCUGCAGGUACUGUUCCAAUGUCAGAGUUUCUCGCCGAGCGGCGCCGUUGACUGCGCGCGCGGGGCGGGCUGGGCAAAGGCGCCGCCACGAGGCAGAAGGGCCCCCGCUUUGGUGCCCGCGCCCCCGGGCGGCGAGUCUUUUGCGGCUACGGCCGACGCCCAGCUGCAGCCUGCUGUCUUGAACGGGUUGCUCGCCUCCUACCGGUGCAAAUUGUGGGCGCUCCACCAGGGGCGCGACGUGUCCCUCGGGACCGUGGGCACAGAGCGCCUCUGGCGAAAUGGCCAGCGGACAGCUAGGAACAAGGCCAGAGCGCGCGCUGACGCCGACACCGUCAAUUUGCUUACGGUGAUCCGCUGGGUGAAUGAAGUUGCCUCCCGCUUGCUCGCGGCCGAAGACCGCCGAGCAGCAGCCGCGGGCCCGGCCGCCCCGCCGCACCGGACACGGCAACUUGCCUUGUCCGCGGAGCACCUCGCAGCGUCUGCUGUUACCGAUGACGCAGUGCUCGGGCAUCUUCGCGAGCUGUUUCAGGCGGGGCGUCUGUAG